AUGUUCAUGACGUCGACUCGACAUGUAUCGGCGUCCAUCCUCCUUCGCAAGCAACCGGCAGCGCUGUCCCUCGAUCACUCUCUGUCUCUGUCUGCCAGCGUCUGCACGUCCCUCGAUCGCUUCCAUCCGUGCUCCGGCGCGUCUCUCACUGGCCGCGUCAAGGCAGACCCCUCGCGCAUGCAUCCCGGUCCCCAUGGCGCAGCACGCUGUUCCCCUCGCCCCGCUCGCAUCCCGCCGUCGCACGCAUACCGGCCCCUCCUCACACACUCGGCCGCAUCCCCGCCCAGCGCGCCCGCGCCCGUCGUCCCAGCUACAUGCAAAGCCGUUCUCGGCCGCGUCUCCGUUCCCGCCCCCGUCUCUAUCUCGUCAUUCUACGGCCGUCUCUGUCACCCACGCCUGCCCGCUCUCGCUCCACCUGCAAAUCCAACAUCCCCUGACGCCGUAGAGGGGACGCGCUGUGCUGUCACUGCAUCCACCCGCCCUCCAUUCACGUCUCUCGGCGCGCCGUCGUCCCGCCUCCCCGCCCCUGCGUCGUCAUCGUCGAUCUCGCACGCUCGAUCGCUGCGGCUGCGUCUCUCACUGGCGUCCGCUCGCCGAUCGCUCUCCCCGCCCCCGCGAACGAGGCCACGCGCACGCCGCAUCGCAGCCAACUCCCACACGCUGCAGACGCUGUGUCUGCCGCUCGCACAUGUCAGCUUUCUAAACACUCGCGCGCGCGUACAGAUUCCCCGCAUCACGGUGUCCCCCUCACACAGCCGCAGCCUCCACUUCUCGCGCAUUCCAGCCCGGGCCGUCUGCAACCUCCCCAUCUCAGCGCAACAAGUCCACGACCUGCAGCCUGCACCCGCGCCCGCAUCUCCCAACGGAAUACGACCCACACAUCCAGCACCUCUACGUCACGCUCGCCGCCGCACCAGAUUCCGCUCCCGCACUACUCCGUCCAUAACGCCUGCGCCUGCGCUCCCAUCCAUCAUAUUCACGCCGUACGCACACCAGCCCUUCAACGUCGGCCCAUGGUACCUGCAACACACAAAGCACGAUCCCACGCACGGACACUUCCUCUCCCGCGUCACGGCGCCCAGCCCCGCCGCGUACCUAACGCAACACCCGCACCCGAACUACGCGCAUCUCCGCCGGGGCGCCCGCCUGGGCUUCUCGCGUGUCGCCGCGAGCGGACCAGACAUGCAUCCCUGCACAGACAGUGCGUCAAUGGCAGGACGCGCGCGUGCGGCGCCCAUGUCCGCGUCCUGUCGUGUGUUCCGUACGCGCGCCGCGGGCAGUCGUCCGCCUGGCAACCCACCCGCAGGGCAGCACGCGCGCCGGCGUCGCUCCCGGGAGAUCUUGCAUGCGCAGGGCAAGGCUUGUGCGUCCACCCACGGGACGUCAUGUCCGCCUGCGCGCCGGGGCUGCUUUCCGCGGCGUUUGCGCGAUGCCAUGACGGCAAGCGCGUUGGUCACGGUCGGCACGGGGAACUCUGAUGGCGUGAGCCGACAGCGCGCCGCCCCGGUAUGCAGAAUGACAGGGCGCCGGGAGUGUGCAGAUAGGCGGGGCUGCUCCGCCGCGCAGUGUAAGCAGCAGACGAGGAGAGAGGUGUUUGGGCGAGCCGGGCAGAGUGUGCACACACCGUGUCCGUCGGUCAACAGGACGACGAGUGCGGGCCCGCAUGCGGUGCCCCGCUUGCGCACAGAGUACGACCAUUAUGCCCGCCCAAGCUGCGGCAUCACGCGACCGUACGCGGGUGUUCACGACGCGCACCCUGCCCACAUCGACGCUUUGAUUACUAGCUUCGCCGUGCUCUGUUGCGACACCGGGAGGCUGACGGGCUGCGGCCAGAAGGCACCCGGCGUGUGUUGCGUUCCGUCGCGGUGCGUCGUCGCGCGGCGACCGCGCGUGCAGCGCCUUCUGAACGGCCCUGGUUGUCGUGUCUGCCAUCUUCCAUCUGUGCGCGGCGACGCCUGCCGAGCUCGGUAUUCCACCGCGCCCACCCCGGUCUGUAGCGCGCCGCACGCCGCACGCCGCACGCCCCAUGUCCAUGCGUGUCGCCCGCACGGAAUCAAGUCUCCAGACGCGCGGCGUGCGGAGACGGUCCGCGUCUCCCUCGUUACAUCGCCAAUCAGCCAAGGGCUUGCAUCCUCGGCGUGUGGAGAUCUGAGUGGCCCGCCUCAUGGUCAGUCGAUCCGACGCCUGGCACUCCCCGCGGCGGCGUUGGUAGUGAGUGGGGUGCUCGUGCUUGUGACCCUGGGUGCGGGCACCCGCGCGUCGCUCUCGAACGACGGCCUCCUCGACUCUCUUGCACAGCCAACAAUGCUGUCUUCGCGGCCGGCCGCGCCGCUUGACAUGCCCUCCGACCUCCCUGGUCCACCGCCAAUGGUCGAUCUUUGUAUACCGCCGUCUCGCCCUGCGCUUUCCGAUCCACCCGAUCCUCCUGACGCGGCCACGCCAGUUCUCCCGCGUGCGACGGCGACAACUCGCUCUGCACGACGCCUGCCGAGCGGCGGCAGGACGACACUAUCGCGUGAGUUGUUGCCCCCACCUCCGCACGCCAUGACCCCGCGCGCAGUGCUGAAGCAGACGGAUGGCGCGCUGUCGUCUGUCCCUUCGGUCUCCCGCAGCCCGGUCACUCCACCGCUCCCCGGUCAUCCCCCGUCCUCUCCCGACUUCGUGCACCGCACCCUCGGCAUGCAACGCGAGAAGGACGGCGUCGCGCACGCACCAGAGCUUGCGCGCUGCCCGCCCGUGCAACGCGCUCCGGUGCCGCACAAUACUCAAAGUGUGCAGUGA